AUGUAUUCUCUAUUAUUAUUUCCAUUCAUUUUUUCCUGCAUAUUCUCACAAUGCCGUGAUCUUCAUACAUCUUGCGAUCUUUUUGUCUCAUUGGAUUUAUGCAACACAACAUCUCAAUUGGCAAUCAUGAAAUAUAAUUGUGCAAAAUCUUGCUCGUUUUGUGGUGUUUUUGUUGGUGAUUGUGUUGAUCGAUUGACAAAUUGUGAUAGUUAUAAAAGUAGUGGAUUAUGUGAAACUGAUGAUAAAUUGAGGGUUGAAUAUGCUUGCUCAAAAACUUGCAAUGUUUGUAGUUCUCCUGUUUGA